AUGGAUUUAAGUGCGUCGGAAGAAGUUCAAGUUAGUUAUCUUAAUUCUAUUCUUCGAAAAGUGAAUUCCACUGAAGAAAAUUUUAAAGAAACAUUUGUCAAGUCACCAGAGUAUAUUGAGCUUUUAUCACAAUUUGAAUUAAAGGAAAUUACAACGAAACAAAUAUUAAAAUGGAUAAACGAAUCAACAAAGCAACAAGAAAAAUUAAACGGUAUUAAAGCAUUAUCAGCGAUAUUUAAUAUCGGAGGAAAUGAUAUAGGAAGGUGUUGUUUAGAUAAAGAUGAUGAUGAAGGAGGAACCUUAAAAGAUUUAAUGGAAUUUAUUGAAUUUGAUAAAGAAGUAGUGCAAGAAUCAAUUAUAGAAAUGUUAUCGAUAGCUUGUUCACAAAAACAAUUAUUAGAUAAAGGAUCAGAUGUUGACGUUAAGGCAAAUGCUAUUGAAGGAUUGGCUUACGCUAGUUUAAAACCUACAGUUAAAGAAACGAUCACAUAUCAUCCUACUUUACUAAAAGAAAUUUUUAAGCUUGUUAAAGAACAAGAAAAAUCAAAUAAUAAUUUAUCAUAUGGGGUGACCGUGAUUUUAUCAAACAUCACAUCAUAUAAGAAGAAAUUAAGUAAAGAUGAUCAACAUCUAUUAAAAUUAAAGAAAAUGGCUGAAGGUGGAGUUAGGAAAGGUGAAAAUGAAAAACUUGAAACAAAUCCUUUGGAUGAGGAUGAAUACGUUGAGAAUAGAAUCAAACAGAUAAUGAAAUUAGGAGGAAUUCAAUCAUUAAUUUUAUUAUCAAGAAAUCAAAGUCAAAUCAUACGUCAAUUAGUUUCAUUGAAUUUUUUGAAUCUAGCCACGAAUCAGAUGAAUCGUGGUAUGAUCGUACAACAAGGAGGGGUUAAAACUUUAAUCCCUUUGGCCAUUAAAGAUGGUAAUACAAAAGAAGGAAUGAAUUUCGCCACUCAAGCUUUAGCUAAAAUUGCUAUUACGAUGGAUCCAAAUUUGGCAUUUAGAGGUGAAAGAUCUUCGGAUCUUGUACGUCCUUUGCUUAAUUUAUGUCAAGGAGAAGAUGAAUUAAGUCAAUUUGAAUCGUUGAUGGCGUUAACUAACUUGGGUAGUGUGGAAAACGAUAUUAGAAUGCGUAUUUAUGAUUCAAAGGGAAUUCCAAUCAUUGAAAAUUUACAAUUUUCAGAAAAUACCUUGGUUCGUAGAGCGGCGACAGAAUGUUUAUGUAAUAUGAUGUUUUGUGAACCAGUAUAUGAACUGUAUAGUGAUGUUAAUAAAAUUACUAUUCUGGUUGCUUUAUCCGAUGUUGAAGAUUUUGAAACGAGAAGGGCUGCUUCGGGUGCUCUGGCCAUACUCUCAACCGACCCUAAUGUUUGUACAAUGAUUCUGGAUCGACCAAAAGGAAUUCAAAUCCUUAAAGAUUUAUUUAAUGAAAACUCUCCUGAAAUUCAACAUCGGGCUAUUGAAUGUUUUAAAAAUAUUGCCGGUUCGGAUAAAGAUAAGGCGGAAUUAUUGGUUAAAGCUGAAGUGCACAAACGUAUGUUAGAAUUGGUUAAAGAAAGUAAGGUGGAAUCAGUUGUAGUCACGUGCGCGGAAGCAUUAAAAAUUCUCUCAAACUACGGUUUAUUAAACAUUUAA